CCUAAGAUCCCUCCGAGGCCUCUCCAUUAUGCCUGCCCCACGUCACAUUUUGCCGCGGCGUCUCGCCCAUGCAUCCAAGGACGGUGUCAAACUGUUCGGCAAAUGGGAGACACAAGACAUCGAGGUCAAAGAUAUUUCGCUGACCGACUACAUCCAGAUUCGUCAUGCUGUCUGGGUGCCUCACACUGCUGGGAGAUAUGCCAAGCAGAAAUUCAGGAAGGCGCAGAUGCCUAUCGUGGAACGCCUUGUCGACAGUCUCAUGAUGAAUGGCCGUAAUAAUGGCAAGAAAUUAUUGGCCAUCCGUAUUGUGGCACACGCUUUCGAAAUUGUCAAUCUCCUCACCGACCAAAACCCUAUUCAAGUUCUCGUGGACGCUAUCGUAAACACUGGUCCUCGUGAAGAUAGCACUCGCAUAGGUUCUCAGGGUACCGUUCGCCGUCAGGCAGUUGAUGUCUCGCCACUUCGUCGUGUUAACCAAGCGAUCGCCCUCAUCACCAUUGGCACUCGUGAGAGUGCUUUCCGUAACGUCAAAUCUAUUGCUGAGUGUCUUGCGGACGAGCUCAUCAAUGCCGCAAAAGGCUCGUCCAACUCAUACGCUAUCAAGAAAAAGGAUGAGUUGGAACGUGUCGCCAAGUCUAACCGAUAG